GAUUUCCGGAUGGCUUCUCAGCAGGAUCUCCAAGACCUCCUGCGGCUCAUCACGGCGCGCAAAGUGCCAAUGAUGACGGCCAUGAGCCAGGUCAAAGCACUCCAGGCUGUGAAUCUUCGCAGCAUUCAGCAAAUUGCAGAUGCUCUGCCGGACGUGGUUGAGGGUGCUCUCGGGGACUCUAAAACAGCCAGAUCGGUCCAGUCCGCCUGCAAGUCGCAUCUGAAGCGGCCAAGCAACAAGCGAGCUGGGGAUGCACCAACCAAUAGACCCGAUCGAAAGCGGCCGAAAAUUGAUCCUGGUGCUAGCACGAGCAUCGAGUCGAAGCAGCAGAGCAUCGAGUCGGAGCAGCAGAGCACAGGCCUGGAAGAUGCUUUGGCAUUGCCUGUCAUUACAGAUGAACAGGGCAUUGAGGGAGUGUCCAUCUACACCAAUCGUGCGCCGGUGAUGCUUGCUUUUGCCAUCGAGCUUUUGCGGUUCACCAUGCCUGAGCAGCCCCUCUCCAGUCGCCUCAGCUUAGCUCAGGCUGUUGUCAGUGUCAACUCCAGGUUCAAAGCCGCCAGUCUUGGGUUGAACGACAGUAUACCCGAAGGCGCGUCUUGGGGUGAGGGUCAGCCUAAAGUGACAGUCAUGGGCAGAAGUAUCACCGUUCUUAAACGGGGUGACUACCAUGCCCGCUCGGUACACCAGGUGGCAGUGCCAACCGCUAUUGCCACGGUGAACGCGAGGUUGACAAUGAAUACGCCAAGCCAGAUGAGCGUGGAUAAAUCCAUCACUGGGUCUUCCAGAUGGACUACAAGCACACAGGUGACGCUCAAGUCAUCGACGUUCGUCGCGCGAGUCUCGACUCUAGAACAACCCUCGCAAGUCUCCAGUGUUCUCCAUUCGUUACUUACGUCUGAGCCCAGCUUACAAACCGCAACUCAUAAUGCAUGGGGUUACAGGGUAUGCCAGGGUGAUCAAGACGGGGGUGGGAAUGGAGGUACCCGCGAAGGCUGCGAAGACGACGGCGAAACAGGAUGCGGGGAGUUCAUUCUGCGUCUGAUGAGGGAGACAGGAGCGACUGGGGUUAUUGUGGUGCUGACUCGCUGGUAUGGAGGUGAAAUGUUGGGCCCCGAUAGAUGGAGACUGAUGAGGACUUGCGUGAUCGAAGCGCUAUCGGACCGGUUGAGGCUAUUCCGGAGCUCUGCUGAACACGAUGGAGCUGCUGUCUGGGCUCUCGACCUUCAGCACGUAGCCAGCAACCCGGUUGGGAACAGCAACAGUUCCCAAGACCACGAUGGCUGUGAUCGCAGCGUCGUCGGGGUAGCAAUACACAGGCCUGAGUCGGCAAGAGCGUACCUCUUGAAAAGCUUCGCCUCCGGGCCAAGUUCGGAGGGGAAUAGCAAAGGUGGCAAGACCGGUUCCAAAUCAAGACAUACAUUCAAGAAAGAGUCUGAAGCUGAACUGCGCCAGAACCUAGGGAAGUUACUAGGUGCCCUGAGGCUCCUCUUUGAAAGUUGGGCGCCCCAGAUAUCACCGCAAGAAAUGGACCGAAGAGCAUGGCAGUUCUACGUGCGAGUAAGACCCGACGUAGAAUCAGGGCCAUCGGGCUGGGGUGCGAAGGGCUGGCUCAACCUGAACUCCAUACUGCAGUUACGAUACCAGGAAAGACCGUUUGCUCCUGCUCGUUCUUCCCAUGCAACAACGCCAAAGUCGAUAACGAACGAUCUCGAAACCGCCGACGCAAUAUUUAGGUCCAGAAAAACGUCUCUUUUGGCUUGUGGCAUAGUUGCGUUGGGUAUGGGCGUUUAUGUCAGCACCAUGCUCACUUCAUGUUGGCUCUCCUCUGGCUGUCAAGGCCCAGAACCUGCUACAGACGCGUUUCCGCCUGGCCAGAUUGCCGUGUUCACGGAAGAAUCAGCUCGAAGAUUUGAUGAAUACCUCGAUGGGUCGGAAUGGAUGAUGGGGAUUACAUCUUUAAGGCAGAAACUAGCCGCUGAAGCCUCGGGGCAUGUCCUGGAAGUCGCAAUCGGUACUGGCCGCAAUCUACCCUUCUACAAUUGGAACCACGUCGUUCAACAACCCGAAUCCGCACCCAUGGACGAUCAAAAAAAAGGGAUCACGACACCUGCGCCCAUUUUGUCCUUUACGGGUGUGGACAUUUCCAAAGAAAUGUUGACGGUCGCCUUGGAUAAAGUAUCCGAAGCCGUCCCCGACCUGAAGGGCGUCGCACCAUCAAUUGAAACGCAACAAUUGACUCAAGAUGGAUGUAGUGUCUUCUCUUAUUUAUCGGACAGACUACGAUUAUUUCGCUCUGACGUACAUAACUUUGUGCCUGCCCCUAUACAAGGCAAAGCGGAAACAGCCAAGUACGACACUGUCGUUCAGACGUUUGGACUCUGCAGUGUGCGAGACCCGGAGACAGUCGUUAGAACUUUGGCAAGUAUGGUGAAACCGAACACUGGGAAGAUCAUUCUUGUUGAGCACGGGAGGGGGUCGUGGGGCAUCGUCAAUGGCCUACUAGACAGGUCAGCACCAGCCCACUUUCAGAAGUACGGAUGCUGGUGGAAUCGAGAUAUUGCCGAAAUCGUCCAUCACGCCGCUGAAUCCACGCCAGGCCUCGAGGUCGUCAAGAUCGAGCGCCCUUACCUGACCCAACUGGGAACCACUUUAUGGAUUGAACUGAGAGUCAAGAACACCUGUUGA